CAUGGAAGAGAUUUUUAUAUACAUGCUGGAGCAAGAGAGCCUCAGAGGCCAUAUUCAAGUGCUGGAGCGCCUGCUUCGCCAAAGUCCAAUGUAAAUUCCCCUCAACGAGAGAAUGCUCAGGGUUGCAGUGGCACAUGGAUCUGAGCCGUAUAUACUUUUCAAGUCUUUUCUUUACGGCCAGUUGGAGAAUCUACCGAUCACAGAACCAUUACUCACAGCAGCAGGAGGUGACAUCUAUGACUUAAUGCGUCUAUUGCUUUACCGAGAGGAUUGCAUACCAAUCUCUGAAGACAUACUGCAGGCUGCAGUAACAAGGGACAGUGAAGAUGUCUUUGACGUCUUCCGGCUUCUCUAUCAAUACCAAGGAAGCCUAUCAAUCUCUGAAGAUGUGCUUAGGUCUGCACAAAGCAAAGACCUGAAAGUCUACCUUGAGACUCUGAGACUUCUUGCUCGUCAGCAACCGGUCCCGGAAUAUCAGCUUAUAGCAGCAACAGGGAAUAAUUCAAGGGGACUUGAAAUCAUAGAGCUCCUUUACUAGCAUCAAGAGAGCCUACCAACUAUUGAACAAGUGGUCUCCGCAGCAGCAACUAAUUAUUUAUGGGGACUUGAAAUCAUAAAGCUCCUUUACCAGCAUCAGAAUAUCUUACCAAUUACUGAAAAAGUGGUCUCUGCGGCAGCAAGGAAUAGUCUAAAAGGACUUGGAAUUAUAGAACUUCUUUACCAGUAUCAGGG